AGGGGUUGUCAGUCAGCGGCUGCGGGUGGGGGAAGCUGGCGGCGACGGCGACGAGCGGUGGGCUGACGGAAAAUUGGGGCUUGAGUUCGGCUGGCCGAGGAAUCGCGGGCCCUGAGGCCAUGUCCGUCUUGACCCGCAGGUCCCGACGGGCCGAGCCGGCGGCCCGGGACGGGCCGGACGACGAGGAGAGGCAGCAGGUCGAGCAGCUGGAGGACGAGGAGGAUCCGGGCGACUCCAAGGAGCUGCGGCUGACGCUCAUGGAGGAAGUGCUGCUGCUCGGCAUCAAGGACCGGGAGGGGUACACCUCGUUCUGGAAUGAUUGCAUCUCUGCCGGCCUGCGAGGCUGCAUCCUGGUGGAGCUGGCGUUGAGGGGGCGCAUUCAUCUGGAGCCCGUCACCAUGCGCCGCAAGAGCUUGUUGAAUCGCAAGGUCCUCUUCAAGUCCGAUGCCCCAACUGGCGAUGUCCUCUUGGACGAAGCCUUGAGACACAUCAAGGCCACUGAACCCGCCGAGACAGUGCAGAGCUGGAUCGAGCUGCUCACAGGCGAGACAUGGAACCCCCUCAAGCUGAACUACCAGAUCCGCAAUGUGCGCGAGCGCUUGGCCAAAAGCCUGGUGGAGAAGGGGGUGCUGACCACCGAGAAGCAGAACUUCCUGCUCUUCGACAUGACCACCCACCCGGUGACCAAUGACACGCUGAAGCAGCGCCUCAUCAAGAAGCUGCAGGACGCUUUCCUAGACAAGUGGGUGAAGGAGCCCCAGCGCAUGGAGAAGCGGCUGCUGGCCCUCAUCCUGCUGGCCCACAACUCGGACGUUUUGGAGAACGCCUUCGUGCCGCUGCAGGACGAGCAGUACGACCUGGCCACCAGCCGGUCACGGGAGCUGCUGGAGCUCAACCCAGACGUGGAGUGCACCAAGUCGAGCAGUGGCGAGAUGAUCUGGGCUGUAAUGGCAGCCUUUACCAAGUAAUGCCCAGAUCCUUAUUUCCAUUUGAACAAUGAGAACUCUGGUUGAGGGAACAAUCUAAUGGUAUGGUGUUUCUCUUCACUCCCCCCCCCCCCCCCCCCAAACCUUCCCAUCGCUUCCCCUCCCGUGUGCACCCUGCCUCAGUAAGAAUGUGCCUCUGUGUGCAAUAGGGUGCUGGUAGCUCUUGGGAACAGGACAGGAUGUGACCGGAUACCUUGGCUGGAUUUAUUCUGUCUUGCAGUCUCAUCUGCCCCCAUCCCCAAUCCUUUUUAGGCUACCUGAUCACCCAAGAUGUGGGAAGGGGGUUGGUGGAAGAAUCCAAGGAAGCAAGAGGCUUGGAUUGGAUUGGUGGUGGUCAAGGAGUGCCGCCAUGUUGGGUAGGUGCAGUGGAUUAUUCUGGCCUCUGGGUGGCACUGCUGCUUACUCAGCACAUUGCUGCCACCUCUUGGUGAUAGUAAGGGACCACCUAUUUUGUGAAGGAGAGGAGGUCUAAUCUAUUUCCAUAUGAUCAGUGAGCUGCACUUUUAUUUUAGGUCCCAUUUCCCUCACGGCACCCCUCCCUCCACCUCCCAAUGAACUCCCAACAUGGCCCCCGACCUUGUUUACUUCCGAGUGUUCCCACCAUGAUUCCUCUGUUCUUGAUGUGAGUCAAGAUGGUCUGUGCCCCAAUCGUUACUCUGUUAUAGAAGGCAACUCUACCUUCUACCCCAGGGGUCAAUGGUUAUUAAUACAGCAUGCUCUCCUGGGGAGCUAACACAUCAACAGUGGGGGAGUGGGUUGAGGUGGGAUGUUUCGGAGUGGGUGGGUGACCGCACCUGCGCUCUCCCCUCUUGCCCCCCUUCCCCACUUCCACUGUGAAAAGUCAUGAGGGCCGUGAUGGUGGCCUUUUACUAAAUAACACGCACGCAAGAUCCUUCCAUCUUAUAUUUUCCCAAGUUCCCCAUCAUUAAAUGCCUUCUCUGUGUGCCAUAUCUGUCAGCCCAGUGACAGAAAAGCAGUGUGCUACAGGCCUCCUGUGCCCCAUGCACUGCCCUCCAUUCCCAGUGUCAGGUCUCCACUGUUACAGAUACUGUUGGGCGUUGUCCCUGACUCCAGGUAAAGGUGCUGCCUUGAUUCUGGGGAUUAAUAUAACUCCUUUAUCUAAUUUUUGUUGAAAGAGAGCGUACUGUUCUAAAUUAUGUCCACGAUCCACGUGAAUGAAUUCUUUCUAUUUGCCAAUUGAAGCAUCUUAACUAACUGAUGGUGACACUGGAGAUCUUGGGAACGGGAUGGGGUGUGACCUGACACCCUGCUGAAUAAAUGCCUGCUCCCACCUCACAAACCCACUCACUCCCCCACUCAACCUUUUCAAGGUUGUGUGGGGGGAAAGUAGUGGAGCGGGGGAAGGAUCUGAGGGAUCGAGAGGCUUGGACUGGAUGGGUGGUGGUCAAGGAGUGCUGCCAUGUUGGGCUGGGUUGCCACAGUGGUUUAUUUUGGCCUCGGUGGUGCUCAUAAGACAAUGUUCGCCCAGCGUAUUAGCACCACCCCUCAGUAGCAGUCCAUCAUUACAGGCUCCUCUUCUGCCAGGGCUGAUUUCUUCCCUCUUCCAUACACGUCACUCCCUCUCCCACCUCCAUAUAGGCGACAGGCAUGGAGAACCAGUUCAAGGUGAAAGGCUGGUGAAGACCGGUUCCAAACAGCAACAAAGGAGUUCUCCCCAGCAUGUGCUGGUCAGUCAGGAGAGGAGUUCCUAUCACCUUGCUUCUCAGAGCUUGGGCCACUCCCAAUUGUGCCCCUAAGCAGGGAGUGGGAAGGUUAAUUAAAUUCAACUCUGGAGUCUUUUGAGGCCCAGCCCAGUCCACUUUCCACGAGCCUCUUAAAUGUGACAUCGGUAAUCUGUUUGGUCAGUGAUUCAGUUGAAUAUCUUUAUUUUCAGCUCUAUGUAAUCAAUGAAACUGUAAAAUAAAUUUAAAACUAGUUUAACAAAAAAAAA